CGAAUCUAGACAUUAACCACAGUUCUGAUGAUGAAAGAUUUCCAUUAUUGAGUCCACAGAUUUCUGAUGUUAAAAGUUUAAAAAAGGGAAAAGCAAAAAAUUCUAAAAUAAAAUCAAGUGCAUCUGAUAAUGAUAAUCUUAAUAUGUGGAUGAAAGCAAAAACAAAUUGUGAAGUUGUUCUUCCGAAUUCAGAAAUAUUUCUUGAAGCCGGUCAACAAAUUGUUAAUAAUGGUGUGCCCAUUGAUGGUACAAUUUGUUGUUUAAUAGACACAGCAUAUACAAAAGAUUACAUWAAAAAAGUACGAGAUUUGCCGAUGAAUGUGAUGAAAACAAAAUUAGCUUUUAAUGAAAUGUCUGCUCUGCCAAGACUUUUGGAAACCCAAAUUUAUAACGUUGAACAGUUUAAAAUGUGUGCCUAUUGCUUUAAAGCAUUUGAAAAUGAAGAAUCUUUGGCUGACCACAUAGCUGAAAAAUACACAUUCUGUGAAUAUUUUUGCCCUCAUUGUUUUUAUMGUGCUUAUACUGCAUCUCAUGUUUUGGUUCAUCAGUCUGUUGUUCAUACUGACAAAUCCAAAAAUUGUAUAAUWAAACUUGAAUAUGAUGAUGGUGGUGCUUUCAAAUAUCCAAAAGAAAUGUUAUUGGUGGUAGACUUCAAGGAAUUUGUAUUGCCUUACAAAUGCAACGUUGUUAUUGGUGCAUUUAGCAAAUAUACUUCCACAAUAUACACUGAAGUAGCUCCUUUUUUCAGCAUAAUUAAAUGUCCACAUUGUCAACCGUCUUGCAUUAUAUCUAAAGUUGUUGAACGAAAUCAAAUAGAACUUCAUCUAAUGUACCAUGGUGCAAAUCUAUAUCGUUGUCAAUAUUGUGAGUAUAUUGACUUCAAUAGAGUUGAAAUGAGAACACACAUGAGGAAUACCCAUCUAUCAGAAAUAACUAGUUCAGUACAGUCCAAUAUAAUUGUCAUCAGACAAACAAUGUUAGAAGAUGAUAGUAUUGACAGAGGCAGAAGCAAAGCUCUGUCAAAUGUGCCUCAAUGGGUAUGUAAUAUAUGCUCUAGCGGUUUAAGAUAUACAGAAAAUGAGAUAAUAUCACAUAUUGUUAUGGCUCAUAAAGUAUCAAAUAUGUUUAAAUGUCCUAUGUGUCCAUUUGAACACAAAGAUGAUGAUGCUAGUAUAUUUGAAGAACAUUAUAAGUUGGAACAUCCAUCUGUAGCAGUAAAGUGCUUAAGAGUGUUUGAAAAGAUUACUGAUAAAGAAGAGUUACACCAGCAAUCCAAACAUUUAGGUGGUUCAGAAAUCAUACUAGAACAGCAAGCUUUAGAAAGUAUUGAACCUACUCUCGUGCCUCCUACUUGUCGAGGAAUUCCUAUUGAAUCAACACCAUUAAAAGUGUACAAUAAAUCUCGUGGUAUUUCAAAGAGUCCAAAGUCAGCUACUAAAAGUUCUCCUAUUCAACCUCAUAAACAGAAAACAUUAAUAGACGUUUUCAAUAAAAAUGAUAAGUUAGGAGCAAUAUCUGCAAAUGGUCACUUUGUUUGCCCUAAGUGCCAUGUAUUCGAGACUUUCAAUAUAGAACUUUUCCGUGAGCACUUAUACAAAGAAGUCAAUUAUAAAACAUGGAAAUGCUUGAUAUGUUUUGAAAUAUCUGAUUCUCCUAAAAAAAUGGCAUGGCAUGUUAAAAAACAUGGAAUGGGAAGCAAAUAUGAAAAAAUUGAAGAUAGCGAAAAAUUAAAAUGGGUUGAUCGAGUGAUUGGACAUCAACAUAUGUUAUUGGCUGAUUUAAAUAAAAUCAGUAAAGCAAAACAUGUAAAAAGUGUUGAGUCAACUAAAACUGUAAUUGUUAAUAAUAAAAGGACAUCUUAUUCACCAACUAAAAAAAAAAAUAUUGACCGUGAGAAAAAAGUCCCUCAAUCUACCCCCGGUCCUGUGUCAAAUGACGAUAUCAUUAAUCUGGUAGAUGACUCUGACGACGAAUAAUUUGGUACAAUCUAUAUUUACUUUUUUUUUUGUUGCCAAUUGCAAAUUUUUUUUGUAAAAAAUAUUAUAUAAUACUAAACCUUAAAUUAWAUUAUUUGAUUUUGAUUUGGUUUUCUUUUAUAGGCAAAGUAUAAUUGUUAUGUAUCUAAGACUGACAAAUUGGCUGUUAAUUAUUUAAAUUAAAACAUUACUAUCAUUCCAAUAUGGUAGGAAAUUAUUUUAGAAAUUAUCAUUUCAAUAUUGUUGUUAUAUAGUUAUACACACAUAAAAUGACAUAUUAAAUCAU